AUGAAGAGGAAAUCAGAAUGGAAUAGAGAAACAAUAUAUGCUUUGAACUUAUACAAAACAUUUCUUGGAUUGAUCGGAGUUUGGCCAUUUGACGUGGAAAAUUUGUCAUCCAAGUUACGUUGGUUCCUGUCUAUGUUGAUACAAAUGAGCACGAUAAGCAGUCUAUCGUUAGAGGUUUAUCGACAUUGCGUGGAUCUCGAUGACACCAUGGAUGCAUUUUUAAUGGAUCUUUCGUCACUCGUCAGUAUCUCAAAGUUAUUCCUUACGAGACUGAAUUAUCGACAUACUCGUUUCUUGCUAUCUUCUAUCGUCGAAGAUCUUUCAAUUUUGGAUGAUUCAAAUCGAAGAGAAAUUGUGAUGAAAUAUACUACCAGAGGAAGAAUCGUUUCAGCAACUAUACUUUACUUAGGUUACGCAUCUGGCAUGAGCUUUGUUUUCAGAACUCUACCACUUCAUUAUGUUCUAUCACAAAAUAUCGAUCGAAAUGAGACGUACAAUCUAAAAGUAACGAGUUAUUUCUUGUCAACUUAUUGCGUUUUCAACGAUCAAUCAGGAUUUUGGCAUGCUGCAAUCCUUCUUCUUCAAACUAUGCAGAUUUUUGUUAAUGCUACUUCUCACUGUGGAAACGACGGCUUCUUUUUCGGUAUUGCAAUGCAUCUCUGCGGUCAGUUCGAAGUACUCAGAAUGAAUUUUGCCAAUUUGGAGAACAAGAAGAAUCUUUCUUGUAAAAAAAUAGGCGUACUUGUACGUAGACAUUGUCAUUUGAUUCGUCUUGCUGAUAACCUAGAAGAAGCAUUUAACAUGAUAAUAUUGAUACAGUUAUUGAUGAGUGCUUUACUUCUCUGCGUUGAGGGCUUUCAAAUGUUGGUUUCGCUCGAUGCUAACGACAUUAUUGCAACUACCAAGCACGCUGUCCUAAUCGUCACAUUACUUGUUCAAAUAUUUAUCUAUUCUUACGCAGGUAAUAUGCUCGAAUCAAAGUCUGCCGAUUUAGUUCUCGGUGUUUAUGAUUCUCCGUGGUAUACUUUCGACACGAGUGUCAUAAAAAAUCUAGCCUUCGUCAUUUUCUAUGGUAGAAUACCACGUCAAGUGACAGCUGGUAAAUUCGUUUCUAUGAACUUUUUCACUUUCAAAGAAAUUAUCAAAGCUUCGGGCUCUUAUAUUUCCGUAUUGAGAGUAGCAUUAUACGAGUAAAGGUUUGUUACUUUCACAGAAUUA